UUCACUAAACGCAUUUAGUCAAUUAUUUGCUAAAGUAAUAGUUGUUAAUUUAAGAAUGUUUACACAAGAAAGAAGAGCUUUAUUUGUAUUUGGAUUAAUUCUACAUGCAUGUAAAUGUACAGGUGAAAUCAAAGUUUCACUGCAAGGAGCAACAUUGUCGACAGACGGAUCAGUAUGGGAUGAUUGGGUUCUCAACCGAACCAUCGAUGGAAGAACUGGUAAUGCUGAAGAAUGUAAAUGUUGUACCGCCAUUAAAAGGCCAACCUGGCUCCAAUUAAAUCUACCACAAACAUAUUUUGUGAAGCGAGUUGUACUCCAAGGUCGUACGAACGUGGUCAACAUAGGUAGACUCUAUCAGUUUAGGAAUAUAACAAUGUUUGGUGGUAAUGCUGACAACCACAUGGUCGAACUAUGGGUCACUACUUCUUCUGAUACAAUACGAACCUAUGAGAUAAGUCCGCCACAUGCCAUGCAAGCAAUACGCGUGGUUGGUCAACAGGGACCAGAUUAUAUGACAAUAUGUGAAAUAGAAGUUUACAGACAAGAAGAUUGCAUAAUUGGGACCUACGGACCUAAUUGUGAACAAAGAUGUCAUUGUAUGAAUGGGCCUUGUGACACUUUAACUGGUACAUGUGGAACAGGAUGUCAGAGUGGCUGGAGAGGGGCCGCGUGCAAUACAACCUGCGACAACGGAUGGUACGGCCGAGACUGUCUGUCCAGAUGUGGUAUUUGUCUGAACAGCACUGCCUGUAAUAAGACUUCCGGUAUGUGUCCAGAUGGAUGUGCCGCCGGAUAUAAAGGUUCUUUCUGCAAAGACGGUGACAUCAAAGUUUCCCUGCAAGGAGCUACUCUGUCGACAAACGGAUCAAUAUGGGAUGAUUGGGUUCUCAACCGAACCAUCGAUGGAAUGACUGGUCGUGCUGAAGAAUGUAAAUGUUGUACCGCCAUAAAAAGGCCUACCUGGCUCCAAUUAAAUCUACCACAAACAUAUUUUGUGAAGCGAGUUGUACUUCAAGGUCGUACGAUCGUGGUCGACGGAGCUAACCAUCAGUUUACGAGUAUUACAAUGUUUGGUGGUAAUGCUGACAAUCACAUGGUCGAACAACGGGUCACUAGCGUUACUAAUACCAUUAGAACCUAUGAGAUAAGUCCGCCACAUGCCAUGCAAGCAAUACGCGUGGUUGGUCAACAGGGACCAGAUUAUAUGACAAUAUGUGAAAUAGAAGUUUACAGACAAGAAGAUUGCAUAAUUGGGACCUACGGACCUAAUUGUGAACAAAGAUGUCAUUGUAUGAGUGGGCCUUGUGACACUUUAACUGGUACAUGUGGAACAGGAUGUCAGAGUGGCUGGAGAGGGGCCGUGUGCAAUACAACCUGCGACAACGGAUGGUACGGCCGAGACUGUCUGUUGAGUUGUGGUAUUUGUCUGAACAACACUGCCUGUAAUAAGACUUCAGGUAUGUGUCCAGAUGGAUGUGCCGCCGGAUAUAAAGGUUCUCUCUGCGAAGACGCCUGCGACAACGGAUGGUACGGUCGAGACUGUCUGUCCAGAUGUGGUAAUUGUCUGAACAACACUGCCUGUAAUAAGAUUUCCGGUAUGUGUCCAGAUGGAUGUGCCGCCGGAUAUAAAGGUUCUCGCUGCAAAUACGAAUGUGAGAAUGGAUUGCAUGGUCUUGGAUGUCAGAACAUGUGUGGAAAUUGUCAAAACAAGGUGCCCUGUAACAAGGUUUCCGGCGUCUGCCCAGGGGAAUGUGAACCCGGAUUUAAAAGGACGAUGUGCACAGACGAAUGCGAAAAUCAUUGGUAUGGUCUUAGAUGUCAGAACAGCUGUGGUAAUUGUAAGAACAAGGGGGCCUGUAACAAGGUUUCCGGCGUGUGCCAAGGCGGAUGUGCACCGGGAUAUAACGGGACGAUGUGUACUGACGAAUGCGAAAAUGACUGGUAUGGUCCUGGAUGUGAGACCAGGUGUGGUAAUUGUAGGAACAAGGUCCCAUGUGACAAGAUUUCCGGCGUGUGCCCAGGGGAUUGUGAACCCGGAUAUUACGGAAUGAUGUGCAUCGAUGCUGCAAAGGAAAAGACGACUAUCGAACUUUCUCAUGAGGUGCUUGUAGGCGUCAUAUUGGCAGCCAUAGCGACUGGCGCUGUUUGUAGUAUAGUCGCGGUAUUAUGCCUGAGACACAGAAGACGUCAAACAUCUUCAUCGAAUAACAUGGAAAGAUGUCAAAGAACGACUGUCCCUGCCUACGAUGCAUUGUUACCAACAACAGAAGCAACUAGCCACUUUGACACACUUACCAUGACAAUCCCGCCAACGUCUUCUGAUUGCGAACAAACAGCCUUAAAGAAAGUUGAAGAAAACGGAAGGCUGCAACUAAACCAAAAAACAGUUGCUGUCACUUACGAAAAUUUGUCGCCAAAUUUAACCACUGAAGAAGAACAGUACGAACAAUUUGAAAACGGACCAGAUUAUAUGACAAUAUGUGAAAUAGAAGUUUACAGACAAGAAGAUUGCAUAAUUGGGACCUACGGACCAAAUUGUGAACAAAGAUGUCAUUGUCUGAAUGGGCCUUGUGACACUUUGACUGGCACAUGUGGAACAGGAUGUCCGAGUGGCUGGAGAGGGGCAGCGUGCAAUACAACCUGCGACAACGGAUGGCACGGCCGAGACUGUCUGUCCAGAUGUGGUAAUUGUCUGAACAACACUGCCUGUAAUAAGACUUCCGGUAUGUGUCCAGAUGGAUGUGCCGUCAGAUAUAAAGCUUCUCUCUGCAAAGACGAAUGCGAAAAUCGAUGGUAUGGUCUAAGAUGUCAGAACAGCUGUGGUGAUUGUAAGGACAAGAGGGCCUGUAACAAGGUUUCCGGCGUGUGCCCAGGCGAAUGUGAACCAGGAUAUACCGGGACGAUGUGUACUGACGAAUGCGAAAACGACUGGUAUGGUCCUGACUGUGAGACCAGGUGUGGUAAUUGUAGGAACAAUGUUACAUGUGACAAGAUUUCCGGCCUGUGCCCAGGGGAUUGUGAACCCGGAUAUUACGGGACGAUGUGCAUCGAUGCUGCAGAGGAAAAGACGACUAUUGAACUUUCUCAUGGGCAGCUUGUAGGCAUCAUAUUGGCAGCCAUAGCGACUGGCGCUAUUUUUAGUGUAGUCGCGGUAUUAUGCCUGAGACACCGAAGACGUCAAACAUCUUCAUCGAAUAACAUAGAAAGAUGUCAAGGAACGGCUGUUUCUGCCUACGAUGCAUUGUCACCAACAACACAAGCAAUUAUCCAAUAUGACACACUUACCAUGACAAUCCCACCAACGUCGUCUGAAUGCGAACAAAUUCCAACAGCCUUAAAGAAAGUUGAAGAAAACAGAAGUCUGCAACUAAACCAAAAAACAGUUGCUGCCACGUACGAAAAUUUGUCGCCAAAUUUAACCACUGGGGAACAACAGUACGAACAAUUUGAAAACUCUUAAUCUUCCCGGGAGCCAUGACCGUCUGGACGUGAAACACCAGCAUUCCAACACCAUGUGAUUCCAGUUCCAAAGGACAUACUGCAUUAGUUCAAUGAGAAGAAUUCACAAUUUCGCAUUAAACGGAAUAUUCACAAAUCUCUGAAAAACAAACAGUGCUAAAAGUAUUAUUUUAAGUAGGCAAUUUCCAAUUGACUAUGUCCUCUGUGUGUUGCAUUUUUAUUUUAAUUAUCGUGUUCCUGUAUGCAUUUAUUGUUGAUUUGACUUAAAAAAAACUUAAACGGAUGUCCAUUUUAUUAAGUCUGCUGUCAUAGUCUACCCUCAAAAUAAACAUGUUUCUCGCAUAAUAAUUUUAAUUGAGUUUUCAAAAACUGCAUAUUUUUAAAGGCAUUGUCAGAGUUAUUUGGUUAAGUUAGGGACAAAGAUAAUCAAAUACAUUUAUUUUUCUCAACAUGAAUCAUCCUCUGAAGCCCACACUGGGAUUCAAACCAAGACCUCUUUCCUCUGGGAAGGAAAGUAUUCUAUCUUGAAAUACAAGGUCAUGUAAGAGGAUAAUUAGCAAUUUUAAACCUACCAACAUAUAAACAUAUAAACUUAAUUUUUCACGUGACCUUAAAAACAAAUCAGACAUCUCUGAAUCUGCAAUACAUUACAGUUACAGUUCAGGUUUUUAGUAUUGUGCCCAUGUUUUCCAAUGAACCGGAACCAUCUUCAAACUCGUACAAGAUAUCAUUGAGACACAUGAUCUGACCAAGCUUCAUGAAGAUUGGACAAUAAUCUCUAGAGUGUUAACAAGGUAAAUGUUGACGACACACAACAGACAAAAGGCGAUCACAAUAGUUACCCAUGAGCACGUUCUGGCUUGGAUUUUAAUUAUGGUGAAAUAGCUCGGGGUCUCGACCACCAAACCGGCUUGGAUUUUAUUUAAAUAAAAUAGCUCUGGGUUAUGACCACUAAACUGGCUUGGAUUCUCAUUAUGCUGAAAUAGCUCAGGGUCUCGACCACCAAACUGGCUUGGAUUUUAAUUAUGCUGAAAUAGCUCGGGGUCAUGACCGCCUUAUUGGCUUCGAUCUUACUUAUACUGACAUAGCUCGGGGGUUUUGACAACCAAACUGGCUUGGAGUUUAAUUUUGCUGAACUAGCUCGAGGUCUUGACCACCAAACUGGCAUGGAUUUUAAUAAUGAUGAAAAAGCUUGGAGUCUUGACCACCAAAAUGGCUUUGAUUUUAAUAAUGCUAAAAUAACUCGGGAUCUUGACCCCUAAACUGGCUUGGACUUCAAUAAUGCUGAAAUAGCUUGGGGUUUUGACAACCAAACUGGCUAGGAUUUUAAUUGUGCUGAAAUAGCUUGGGACCUUUACAACCAAACUGGCUUGGAUGCUAAUUAUGCCGAAAUCGUUCGGGAUAUUGACCACCAAACUGACUUUUUAAUUAUGCUUAAAAAGCUCGGGGUCUUGACCAUCAAACUGGCUUGGAUUUAAAUAAUGCUAAAAACGUAAUUUCGUCAAAAUAAAUAUCUUAUUCCACGUAUUAUCGAUACUUUCACAGUUCCUUUAAACUGUUUGAAAACGCAAAAUUAUCCGUUUUAAAGCAUGUUUGUCUGUUAGUUAAAACGUAAAGUAAUCAAACUGCUUUUUUCAUUUAUGUGAAUUAUAAACAAUCAUAAGUGUAUUAAAAUUUAAUACGAUGUAUACCUGCGCAUGUACAUGCAUGUAGAAUUAAUCCAAAUA